AGUGAAGUAUAUUUGAUUUUGUCAUUAUAUAGAGCAAUUUUUAUAUAAACCACGUGGUCAAGAUUUGUACACACAAACUAUUUAACUCAGCGGCAUGCCUCGUUUACAAAAAAGCUGACAAAGAAGAAUAACAAGUGAAGACAAACAGCUUUUAAAGGUUUAAAUAAUUUAUGGUCAAUUCAUUUUUUUUUUUUUGGAUAAACAUGUUUUAUCACUAAAAAGUAAGCAAUUUUAACACACGGUAUUUUACUAUCUUUACUAAAAAAAAGCUAAACAUAUAAUUUACAGUGCCAUAAUGAAAGUAACAUUAUUAAACAUUAUGGUAUUAAUCAUUCAUACGCAUAGCUUUGUGAAUGGGGUAACAACUAUUGAACGCAAUGUUAUCCAAAACACUUUAUUAGAUCUCUUUGGAAAGCAUAAUCGUCCAAGCCCCGAAGUUUUCUCUCAUAUAGGUAGAAACGCAACGUCAGCUAAGAAAUAUAUGCUAGACUUGUAUGAGUAUUCAGUCAAUACAGAGCGUCAUGGUAUGAAUAAUUUCACAAGUCCAAAAAAUAUAUCAAAUAUUGUUGAUGAUGCGGAUACAGUUGUCAGCUUUCUAAAUAAUGCAUAUAUUCCGAGACCAAACACAUCUGACGAAGCUGGUGAAAUGUUUUUUGAUGUAUCUUCAAAUGAUGUUGUUGAAAAGGUUCUUGCUACUGCUCUUCAGGUUUACCUCGAUACUACGUACAAAACUGUCACAAUGGAAAAGUUAAGAAUUUCUAUUUACAAGAUAGUUGUUCCUAAGAAAAAGUACAAACUGUUAACCUCAAAACUUAUCAACGCAUCAGUUUCUCAAUGGCACGAGUUUAACGUUUUAGAAGCUUCAUUGAGCUGGAUUGAGUUUUCAGAAACUAAUAAUGGAAUAUUAUUAGUAUGCGAAAAUCAGCAAAAAGAAACCAUACCUAUUGAAGAUUGUGGAAUUGUUGAUUUUAAAGGUAGAGAGCAGUUUAGACCAUUUCUUGUGUCUUUUUAUCAAUCCGGUAAAGAAAAGGAGUUUCCUGCAAUAAAAAUUCGGGAUAUCGAAUCAACCUCAAAUCUACAUGAACGUUUAAGACGCAGUAUGCAAGAAAGUAUUUUUGUAGAAGUGGCCGGACAGUUCGCUGCAGCCCAAAAAAAAAUGCGUUUAAAUAUUUCCCAGAAUAUUCACGGAUCUCGGUGUGACAAGCAUUCGUUGUAUAUUAGGUUUAAAGAUAUUGGUUGGAACUUAAUUAUAGCGCCCGAAGGUUAUGAAGCUAAUUACUGUGGAGGAGAAUGCAGUUUUCCACUCGAUAAUAACGCAAGCGCCACAAAUCAUGCAACUAUACAAACUCUUGUGCAUAUGAUGUUUCCAGAAAUUAUCCCGAAACCCUGUUGCGCGCCAAACAAACUUAAAAGACUAAAGGUUCUAUUUGAAGACGAGCGCCAUAACGUUGUAUUGUCGCAUUUUCCAAACAUGAUAGUUCAACACUGUGGAUGCCAGUAGUUUAAAAAAGCUAAGGAUUUAAAAUGUCCAUAAACGGGUGAACGCAAAGAUAUUACUUGUUUUUGUAAAAUCCAAAAAGCAAAUACUAAAAGCUAAUUUUAAUUAAAGUAUCAACUUACCAAUCAGGAAGCAUAUUAAAUUUUAUUCUGAAGUAUGUGACAAGAAUCUGGCAUUAAACUAAACAAGCGUGAUAAAACAUUCUAAAAUGAGAUAUAGAAUUCUGACCUAUCCAAAAGUACCACUUAAUAAAAAUAGUUACUUAUUCUGAACUUUUAAAUAUAUUUAUGAAUUAAAAAUUUUACAUUUUAAA